UGUUGCUACAUAUGGGCUUCGAAGCCAAGCCAAUUUGUUUGUUCUGUUUAGUAUUGCAGCUCAAUCCAAAAGACAUCGCCAUAAAGAAAGAACUUUACAAAAUACCAGAAAACCAACAAUCCAUCCCUUCUCUCCCGAAAGACACAUACCAAAACCAGCCGAGAUGGACUCCAACACGAACAACCAGACCACCCAGUCGCAGAACCAGGAGCCCGGCCUCGUUGCAGGACACGCCGAGUACAUCAAGGGCGUAGCAGAGAGCGCCAUCGGCACCGUAACAGGCUCACAGGCAUGGACGGCGUCUGGGGAACAGGACAAGGCGCACGCCGUUCACACGAUGAAGGCGGCAGGAGAGAAGAGGGACGCCAGUGCUCAGGGCUACGGCAAGGUGGAAGAAUUGGCGGGCAAGGCUGUUGGGUGCGAGGGGAUGCAACAGGAGGGAACAGCAAGUGCGAAGAAGGAGUAAACGGGUUGUAUCUUGAUCCAGGCAAGAGCAUCCAUACGAAGAAAUAAGCAGCCUCUUAAUCUGUUCAAUCAUAACAUCCUAAUCAAAUGGGAAUCGCCUUUUAUGUGAGCGGGUCAGACUGAACGCAGACAUGG